AUGAGAUCUGUGCUCCGGGCUGACCCAGAUGGUGGAUGUCUACACACGCAACCAACCACCUGGCCCCAGAGGGUUAUGAAACAGCUGUUGUGAGCGUGGAAAGCAACCACAGGGCAAACCAGCGCUCUCAGGUCAGUCCGAGGUCCUUUUGUCAAGACGCGGGUCUUCAGAGGUUGAAGAAAUAUGGAUUCCAGGCACAAACAGAUCAUCAGUAUUUUUUGUACCAGCUUCUUCACCUUCCAGCUUCUUUUCCACUUUGUAAGCUAUUGGUUUUCAGCAAAAAUUUCCUCGGGUUUUAAUAGUCUCAGCUUUGAAAAGAAGAUUGAAUGGAACUCAAGGGUAGUAUCUACAUGCCAUUCUUUGGUGGUUGGGAUUUUGGGCCUGUACAUUUUCCUAUUCGAUGAGGCUAGCCAGGCUGAUCCACUCUGGGGCGAUUCAUCCCUUGUGACCGUGAAUCUUGCUAUUGCUUCAGGCUACCUCAUGUCUGAUUUGUUGCUCAUCAUUUUUUAUUGGAAAAUCAUUGGUGACAAGUUUUUCGUAAUUCACCAUUCUGCAGCACUAUAUGGGUACUUCUUUGUCCUGAAAGAUGGAGUGCUGGGCUAUAUUGGGAAUUAUCGGCUGCUCGCGGAGCUUUCCAGCCCUUUUGUGAAUCAACGGUGGUUCUUUGAGGUCCUGCAGUAUCCCAAGUUUUCCAAGGCUAAUGUCAUCAAUGGAAUACUCAUGACCCUAGUGUUCUUCUUUGUACGUAUCGCCACCAUGCCACCUAUGUAUGGCUACAUGUAUUCCGUGUAUGGAACAGAACCCUACAGAAGACUUGGACCGUUACUACAGUUCAUCUGGAUCUCUGCUUGUCUCAUUUUGGAUGUGAUGAAUAUCAUGUGGAUGAUCAAAAUUACAAAAGGCUGUGUCAAAGUCAUCUCUCUUAUCAGACAAGAGAAAACGGGAAAUAAUCUCCAGAAUGGGAAACUCGAGUAAAGGUGUGCUUUGCAAGGCACCUUUGCUUAGAUAAACAAUUUUCACUACCACCCAGCAUUAUCUUUGCUGAUAGGAUUAAUUCUUGGCAUGUUCUCAAUGCUUCUUUAUUGAUUAUAAUUGUUAUUCAGGGUUUCAGUGUCUUUUUUUCUUUUGUAUCUUUAGAAAAGAUAAACUAAAUUUUAGGGUUCAUUUUUCUCCCUUUUAUAAGCAUGGGUAAAACUUUAAAGGUUUCAAUAAAGAUUAUAUACUAGUGAAUCUUUUCAGAAAUCUCUUGACCUAUACUGAUAUUUUUCUCAGUGGAAAGAGAAUUUGGUGCCCUAAGAUGUAUGCCACCAGUUUUCCUGAAAGAAUAAGAAGAAUUUCUCUUGAAUCUGCAAAUAGCUCUUAACAUCUGUUACGCUGCAGUCUUUUCUUACUCUGACCGUCAAUGCCAAUACAAGGUUUAAUUUCUGAAUUGUUGACAUGUUCUUUUUUUUAGGCUGUUACAUAUAAUCCAUUUUUUUUUUCAUUUCAAACAUGCAAUUAUCCUUUAAUGAUGAAAUGUUUUACUUGAGAAUAUUUCAUUAGUUUAGCUGUAGAAAAUAUUUUCUGCAAUUUUCAGGUUUUAAAUGUCAUUUUCUUCUAUUUUUAGCUUCUUGUUCAAGUGUUGCUUUUUUUAUUUUAUGAUAAGGCUGAAGCCCUGCAUAGACCUCUGUAAGAUAUGAAUUUCUUCUUCUAAAACUGCAUGCUUAUGUAUGACUAUUUAGGGUAGAAGGAGGAAUCACUGAGCAAAAUGCUUUAACACUACUGGUCUCCAUGUGCUUCCCCUGUUUUGUUUUGUUUUUUUUUUUUUGGUUAGGAAAAAUAUUUCAAUUUGCAAAAUAUCCCCUGUGUUCAGAACCCAACAUGAUCAGUUCCAGAGUUUUGUGCAGUAUGUAUUUAUCAAGGUCUUCUUGAUGAGACCAAACUACUAAACCAUACCAAACCAAACAAAACAGUGUUCCUAUCUAUUCAGAGUUUACACCCAUGCUUGAUUAGCCUUCAAGUGCUGUGAAUUCCUGUGUUUCUUAAAUUACCUCCGGGUAAUUUAAUCUAAGUAUUCUAGUGAUCAAAAUCAUUGUCUUAGUGCAUGAAGGUAGAUGGCUGGUGUUUCUGGUUUGACAGGUGUGUGUGUGUGUGCAAUUACUUUAGUUCCUGCAAUCCAAAUAUAGAUUCAUAUAUUAAGUUAUUAUCACCUUUAUUUAUUUUUCUCAAAUACUUGACCUUGUUGAUUGUUCUUCCUUAAGAAAAAUAGAAAUUUAAAUCAGUCACUGGUGAAUACUUGAACCCAAACCAAAAGACCUAUCAUUGAGUUCCUCCACUUGACUCACAGUCAGGCUUUGGUGUGACCACGAAGGGAAGCUCACUGAAUGUGAGGGGACUGAAAGUUUACAUAGAUGGAAUUAAAAUCUCAGCUGAUUUUCACGUAAACAGUUUUUGAAAGCCAUUCAUAGUUUUUCUCAUACUCCACACUUUCCAUUAAUUUCUUGAGGAGUUCUCACAUGAGAAAGACUUUUUUAUUUGAUUUGAUUGUCCAGUGCAGAUAAAGCCUGUUAAAUUUGAGAACAUUUAAAAAUGGGAAUUAAAAUCUUAGUCAAUAAUCAUAAAAUGAGAUUGAUUGACCUAUGCUACAUUUAUUUUUGAUGAACUUAAUUAAAAUAAUGCAAAGUAUAAGUGUUUGUCUUGAAAGCAGGUAAUAUUACAUUGAUUGAUACUAAAUUUAGUGCUGUCCCCAUCAGAUGCACCUAAAUAUGUAUUGGUUGUCUCCAGAGGGCAGAGAUGCAAAUGAUUUUAUCUUGUUCUUGCUCUUUUGCAAGAAAUAAACUUUUUUUUAAAAAGGAAAGCCUUUAUAUUAUAGCACUAUUUUGAAAAUUCAUUCCUGUAGAAAGAAAUAAGCCUUGAAAUACAUAUUUUUUACUCUUUAAAUCAUUCUUGUUUUUAUCGCAGAAUUUAAAUCCAACAUCAAAGUGAGUAUAGUACAUAGGUAUAAUGUCUUCAUAUAGCAGUUCCAGAAGUUGCUGUUCCAUUUAAGGCUUGAUUUUGACUUUCCUUGACAUUCUCACUAUUAAGUAUAUUCUAUUACUCAGCAACCCUUAGGCUGGCUUCAUGGAGAUUUGUAUCCCAAAGCCGAGUCCAUAUAUUUCCUUAUAUAACACACAUGAAAUAGAAAUGUCACUAUAAACUGCCAUGUUCCUUGAAGUCAGAUCCUUACAAGAGCUUUGGUGUUUUGUGUUUCUUAUCUGAAAUACAAAUGACGACAGUACAUAUCACUUAUUAAAUGAUGAAUUUUUCAUUUUUAAAUGACAGAUUUUUGCUAGACAUUUUCGAUAAUAAGUGUUUUGACUACAUGCGUUAAUCUAAAUGAUUCUAUUGGGCAUUCUGAUACUUAACUCUAUCAAAAUAUUUAUAGAAAAUAAAAACAAAUUGAUAUAAAUUUUUAAGUAAUUCUAUUUUUGUAGGAAAGAUUAGUGACAACUUGUAAUUAUAAAAGUGUUCUUUCAAUGUGUAGUAUUCUAGAACAAUUAAAUUUCAUGUGACACUAAAAAAAAAAAAAGAAUAAAAACCAGGAAUGAAGAUUAUGGAUCCUGCUAUAAAUAUGUUGUGAAGAUUUAAGCAUUAUGAGGUUUGCUUUACAGAUUUUUCAUUCUGUGUUUAGAAUCUCUUAAAAUUGCUGUCAUUUCCUUAAAACUCAAAAUGGAGUUUUAUGAGUACAAAGAAAUUAAUGCCUGAUUAUGUUUCAUUAUAGUCUACAUUGAAAUUAAAUUUUUAUUCUGCCUCUUUAAUUUUGGCAUUUCAUGAAUGAAUUCUACGUUAAGAGAUGUUGGUAGCCCUGAGGGACUCAGGUAUGUUAUGUAUGACCCAGUACUGUCUUAAAGUUCUCAUUUUAAGAAAACUGUCUGGUUUGAAGGUGUUUCAAUUAAAUUCUUUUCUUUCUAUGUUUAGUGAUUUGUUUGGCUCCAAUGUUUGCUUGUAUGUCAGUUAUUCCGUGGCAGACUCUAAAAGGUACCCUGGUGUGCAGACCUGGCUCUACUGCCGGUGGUGUCAUUUGUGAUGCAGUUGAAGACGUACAGGGGAAGAAUCUGUUGUAAUGGGCAUGUUUCUUCUGUUUUGUCUUUAGACAUGUCCCAAAAGAUGCUAUUAAAAUAAAUAUUUGAACAUA